AUGGUCCUAUCUCAUGGGUACGGCACAAACCAGAGUGUUUGGCACUACAUAUUGCCUGCACUCGCGCUCUACUACAAGGUCUUGGUCUAUGAUCUGGCAUUUGUGGGUCCCACUCGUCUGUACAAUCCCGUGAAAUACUCGAGUUUCAGUUCGUACGCACGCGACUUAACCUGCUUACUCGACGAGCUCAACUUAAAGGAGACCAUAUUCGUAGGCCACUCCAUGUCGGCUAUGAUCGGGUGUAUAGCUGCUACCAAAAGGCCCGAUUUGUUUCACCAUCUCGUUUUGCUUAACGGAUCUCCCAGGUAUCUGAACGGCACCAAGUACAACGGAGGCUUCACACGAGCUCAACUGGACGAGACGUUCGAGAGCAUAAGGAGAAAUUACACCAAAUGGGUCGAACACUUUGCUCCCGAGGCAAUUGGUGUUGACGACACAAAUGCACUAGAAGAAUUCGAGAGUAGCUUACUAAGGUUGCAGCCCAGGGUUUCGUUAGAUGUGGCGAUGAAUGUUUUCCUCAAGGACAAUAGGCAUUUUUUGCCUUUUGUUCGUGUGGGAAGCACGAUUAUUCAAUCCAAGCGGGAUAUUAUUGUGCCGAUAACGGUGCCUUUUUACAUGAAGAGGAAGCUGGGGGGCUCGACUGAUGUUCGGAUUCUCAAUACGAGUGGCCAUUUUCCUCAGCUCUCGUUACCUUACAGUCUCGUUCGUGUUAUCAAGGAGGCUCUUGGGAUCAAUGGUCGUUAUUGA